UCUUCACAUUACACACACCACCCAAUCAUUAUCGCACUCACACACAAUAUAUAUGAAUCUAAUUCCAUUAAUAAUUGCACACAAAACCUUCAUUCCCUCCCUCUCCCAAUCUUUCUUACACACAAAUACACAUACUUAGUGUGUACAUACAUGCAUAUUGCAGAAAAGGGUAGAAAUGGAAUUAAAAAUGAAUUAUACCCUCUUUCUAGUUCAUAUUUUGGGUCUGUUUGCGGUUGUUUACGGUGAUGGAGGGCUUGUAAGUCCAUCCAAGUUGGAAAUGUUUGUGGAUGAAAUUCCAGAUAUGCCCCGGAUCAAAGGCUAUGAUGUUGUUCAUGGGGUUCCUGUUUCCAAGAGACUCAAAAUCUCCAUGUUUCAGAAGUACUGGAAAUUCCACAAGGAUCUUCCACCAACCAAGGUAUUCGCAUACGGUGAAACAAAGCACACCGCAACAGUCCCCGGUCCAACAAUCGAAGCCGUCCACGGUGUCAGCACCCGUGUGACGUGGCAAAAUAAACUCCCUUCAAAACACAUCCUCCCAUGGGACCCCACCAUCCCAACCGCCAUCCCAACUAACAAUCAAGGCGUUCCAACCGUCGUCCACCUUCACGGCGGAAUCGACGAACCCCAAAGCGACGGUAACUCACACUCGUGGUUCACUAAGGGGUUCCGUCAACGUGGGCCCCACUGGACCAAAAAAACAUACCAUUACCACAACCAACAACAACCUGGUAACUUAUAUUAUCAUGAUCAUGCAAUGGGGUUGACCAGAGUCAACCUUCUUGCUGGUUUGUUUGGGGCCUACAUUAUUCGUCAUCUUGACGUGGAGGCCCCACUUAGACUCCCUUCUGGUGAUGAGUUUGACCGGCCCUUGGUCGUGUUUGACCGAAGUUUUCGGGUCAACGGGUCGAUUUAUAUGGACACGAAAGGAAACAACCCGGAUAUUCACCCGCAGUGGCAACCGGAGUAUUUCGGUGAUGUUAUUGUCGUUAAUGGGAAAGCGUGGCCAUAUAUGGCAGUCCGCCGGAGAAAAUACCGGUUUCGGAUUAUUAAUGCUAGUAACGCCCGGUUUUUUAAAUUCUUUUUUAGUAACGGGUUAAGGUUUAUCCACGUAGGAUCUGACUCGGUUUAUAGCGAGGAGGCAGUAUUGGUGAAGGAUAUACUUUUGGGCCCGUCUGAAAUAGCUGACGUGGUCGUUGACUUUUCAAAGUCAAAGUCAAGUUCGGUUAUUUUACAUAAUGGGGCCGCGUACCCGUACCCCGGUGGGGACCCGGUCAACGAGAGUAACGGUAAAGUCAUGAAGUUUAUAGUUAACCGUAACCGCGAGUUUGACUCGUCGCGGGUCCCGAAAAAGUUGUUAAAGUACCCGACACCGAUGUUGUCAGAAGUGUCGAAGUCGCGUUACAUUGCUAUGUACGAGUACACUAGUCCGAUUGAUGAGCCGGUUCAUUUGUAUAUUAACGCGAAGUCGUAUGAUGAGCCGGUAACCGAGGAACCAAAGGUGGGGUCUACGGAGAUAUGGAAUGUGAUUAAUCUGACGGAGGAUAAUCACCCGUUGCAUAUUCAUCUUGGACUGUUUAGAGUAUUGGAUCAAACGAAUAUAACAAAUAUAGAUGAAUUUAGAGAAUGUAUGAAUAAGUUGAAUAAUGCGGAAAAAUGUCAUAUUGAAAAAUACGCACGUGGUGAAAAGUUGAGUGUGGAACCGUAUGAGAAAGGAUGGAAGAAUGUGUACAAGAUGCAUCCCGGUUACGUGACGAAGAUCAUUGUGAAGUUUGCGUAUAUACAUACGAAUGCAUCGUAUGCGUUCGAUGCAACCGCGGAGCCGGGAUAUGUCUACCAUUGCCAUAUAUUGGAUCAUGAAGAUAAUGUGAUGAUGAGGCCUUUGAAACUUGUGAAAUGAGUGGAAAUUAAUAGUCUUGGAGCUAUAAAGAAUACAAAUGAUAUGUAGAAGUUAGACAAAAUGUGGGUGACAAAGAAAAUAAGAAAUAUAUAAUGUUGAUAAUUAAGAAAGUUGUGUCAUGCCCCGUCUUCUAUUUCUAAUGUGUGAAUUUAAUUGGAUUUACAUAAUUGUUAACUUUGAUCACGUAAUCUACAUAAAGUUUUAAGAGUAAA